AUGGAAAAUGAACAUGAUAUAAAAUCAUUUCAUCGAAUGCCCAGUGAAAGAAGGCGUAAAUUAUGGUCGUUAGCAGCACGUGCAGCUGUUAAAUGCCCAGAUGAUGUUGAAAAAGAUAUAACAACUCAACAUGAAAGUUCAUUAAUUAAAGAAUCUGGAUCAUUAGCUAAAACUCAGGAUUCAGGUGUUUCAGUAGAUUUUGCAUAUGAUAAUCAACCAUAUUCAACAGCAUAUUCACCAUUUACUUCACAUUCACAUUGUCGUAUAAGUUUAGAUAAUGAAAGUGCUGAAAAUUAUGAUUAUGGUAGAUUGUCAAGAGGUGUUAAAAGAUUUUACGAUCCUGUACAGAAUGUUACUUUAAGUGCAGACUUAAGUGACACUGCGAAUAUUGAAAGAGGAAGAAGUUAUGUAACAAAACGUAAAUCAGUAUUUUCAAUACCUCACAUUCCAUCUCAUAUAUCUUCUGCGAGUGCAAAUAUGAGACGUAUUAGAAAGGCGUCUAAACAAUUCGAUACAUCUAUCAAACAUGGUAGUGCAGAUACAUCAGGUUUAGGCAGUAGCCUAGAUUGGGUAUCUUUAGAAACUGGACAAACCCCAUUCUACCGAAAAAUGUCUUCACAAUAUGUACAUAAUCCAAGAACUAUUAUUACUGUUCAUAAAAGUUUGGAUGAAAAGCAAACUACUCGCCCUCUUGUUGUAAAAAAACACUUGACUAGUGAUGAUGGGGAUACUGAAAGAUAUUUAUUACAAGAGUUUCCCUUAAAAAUAUAUACUUCCACUAUAGCACCCGGAAAUCCACAGGAACCUUUUUUAAAUAGAGAUUUUGUAAAAUCCUCUCAACAUAGGCAGAAGCCUGUAAAAUUGCAGCAACCAGUUUAUCAACCAGAUUACCAUCUAGAAACAACGAUCAGUGUCAGUGAAUCUGGUUCACCAUACAGAUCAAAAAGUGAUAUUCCACCACGUCGUACUAUAAGGGAUCCUCAUAUGAUAACAAGAAGCUUUGACCAGGCAUAUUAUGCUCAUAAUAUACCGUACAAUCACUCAAACAUACCAACAACAAACGUAUCCAGAAGUGAUGAAGGCAGUGUACCACUAACUUAUUUCGACCAACAUGAAACAAUAAACUGGCCAAUUUUCACUGAAACUGAUGUUAACCUCUCAAGAUAUGCCUCAGGUUUAGAUGAUGAUACUCGAGAGAAAAUGUUAACUGAUAUGCGGAAUCGCUCAGUACAUUGGGGUCCAAUAUAUAGAAAAGAUCGACGGUAUUAUCCAAAGGACUAUCACUGGAUGAACCAACAACAACGAAAACGACAUGAACAGCAAAAAUCGAAGACAAUUUACAGGAGAUCACAUACAUUAGGUGAUAGUGCGGAGAAUAUUGACACUGAUUGGAUGCCAACUAGAUCAAAAGCACAGUUUAAAACACAACUUUACACUACACCCCCACCAACUGAUGAGAAAGAAGCUUACUAUAAUGGUUUAUUAAUGGAGCAUAAACUUAAAGAACCUCAUAUGGAUUUUCAAACCUUUUGUAGAUUGAGACGAUUCGGUCGAUUUAAUGAAAAAUAUCAUUUUGGAUUAGAUACGGGCAUAAGAGAUGAAUCACAAAGAUUAUUACGAGAAUCACAAGAUUCUUUUCAUCUUAAACCUACAUAUUCAACUCGUAGAAGAUGGACUUCCGCUGAAAUACCUGAAGUAAAAGUUUCACCAGUUUUUGCUGAUUCAGCUGAAAUAAAGUAUGGUGAGAAUGAAAGAGAAGAUCAUAGAACAAUUGAACAUUUUGAUCAAGUUUAUCCAAUCGAUGUACACAAUUACACUAAAUAUACGACUGGUAGAAAACGUCCUUAUCAUGAACAAUUUUCUCCAUAUGAUCAACAUCGAAUCGCCUAUGAAGAUGAAGUUAUCAAACGUCCAUGGAGUCAAACACAUAAAACAGAUAGAUAUUUAACUCCACACAGAGGUGAUUCAUUGAGAAAAGCUUUAAGUUUAGAUAAACCAUCAUAUAUACCAACUCCAUUGCAUAAACCAUCUUCAUCACAACAAUAUUAUCAUUCAUCUCCUGAACAAUUAAAACAUCCUGAAGAAAGUUUAGAAUCGAAAUUUACACGUCAACAACACUUUAAAUAUCAUAUUCCAUAUUAUUCUUCAUCAUUUGACUAUCCAUCAUUGUCAAGUAGUAAAACAAGACCAUUAAUUCAUCCAGGUUAUAUUCAAACUUAUAAUUUUUUCUCUCCAAUUGAAGAAAAAGGUGAUUUUGAAUCUGAAACAAAAGGUCAUCCAUUAAUGAGUAGAUUUAAUGAGGAUAAAGAUGAUAUAUGUGAAAAAAAUGAAAAAAUUUAUCCUAUGCAAAUCAAAGACGAUCAUGGGCUUGCAGCACAUAAACAAAAGUCUGCAUCACAUGUUACUACUGAUAUUACUGGUGAUACAAGUAAUCAUAGUAGUCAAAAAAAGAUUUAUCAAUCACCAUUAAAGAAAACAAUUUCACCUAGUGCGUCAACAGAUGAUAUUAUACCAUAUGAUAGAAAAUCUUUUAUAUCACAUAAAGAAGUUCGAAUUAAUGAAUCACAAACUCAUGAACCAACUGGGAUUAAAAAAUCAGUGACAUUAUCAAAUGAUAUUAAUAUUAAACAAUCACCACAAACUACAACACGACAUACUACAACUAUGUCAUCGAGUGGAAUUUUAAAAGUGUCUGUACAUUUAGGUGAAAGUGAAAUACAAGAAUUUGCUGAAUACUGGGACCAUAGUAUAUUUUCAGGUGCAAGAAUCACUGCAGUUUGUUUAGCUGGAGUAGCUUCUGUUUGCUUAGUUUGUUCUGUAUGUGCCAGCACAUGGUUAUAUCAGGGAUAUGCAAACAAUAUUACACAUAGUGGAUUUUGGAAACGUUGUAAUUAUUUCAAUCAAACAUGUGAAAUCAUGCUUCCUUUUAUCACUAAACAUGAAGGCUGGCAAGACGGUGCAUUCUUUAUACUUGUAUUGGCUAUAUUAUUAGGAUUUUUAGGAUUGAGUCUUUCAGUGGCUGGCCACUUAGUUUAUGCUCUUCCGAAAAGAUUAUAUUAUUUUCAUUCAGGCGGUGAGGCACAUGUCGUUGCAGCAUUUGUUACUGCCUUAUCAGUGCUUAUUUAUCACAUCACUAUAAAAUUACAUUUACGAACAGAAGGUCCUGUAAAUUUUGGUGAAGCAUAUGGUAUUUCAUGGUUUGCAUGUUUUCUACAUAUAAUGGCAGCAAUUUUAUUGCUUUUAGAUGAAAUUAUUAAUGAAUUAGUGAAUUUAGCUCGUCGAGUACAUUGUGUACGUACUUGUUUAAAAUGUAUUAUACAUACAUAUAGUAAAACUGUUCAGAAAAAGCGUCAAUUAUUUACUCAUUAUAAUAUAAAAUUUUACAAUGAUAAAUAA